UAAGAUAGUUGCCUUCCAUCUAAUCUCCAAAAUAAAGAAAAAAAGCGAACCCCCUCCCUCCACUUUUCCAGAUCUCAACAACAUUAAUCAAAGUCACCUUCUUGCUUCUGCCUUGCCUUCAUUAUUACGAACAAAAGAUGAAGCUCCCUAUCCUCCUCCUCCUCCUCCUCCUCUCCCUCAUCACUCAAACUUCCCUCUCCAAAGUCACCAUCUCCGUGACUCCAACAACCCUCCAGAAAUCCGGUGACACAGUAACCAUUUCCUGGUCCAACGUUGAUUCACCUUCCAAACUCGACUGGCUCGGGCUCUAUUCACCUCCUGACUCACCUCACGACCACUUCAUUGGCUACAAGUUCCUUUCUUCCUCUCCUUCAUGGCAAUCCGGGUCGGGUUCCAUUUCCUUGCCCAUCACCAACCUCCGCUCCAAUUACUCUUUCCGGAUCUUCCACUGGACCGAAUCCGAAAUCAACCCCAAACGCCAUGACCAUGAUCACAACCCCCUCCCUGGGACGGCCCAUUUUCUGGCGGAGUCGGAUGUUGUCGGGUUCGAGUCGGGUCAUGGGCCAGAGCAGAUCCAUUUGGCAUAUACGGAUGAUGAGGACGAGAUGAGGGUGAUGUUUGUGGUGGGUGAUGGAGAGGAGAGGAGUGUGAAGUGGGGAGAGAGGGACGGGGAGUGGAGUCACGUGAGUGGGGCACGUGUGGUGAGGUACGAAAGGGAGGAUAUGUGUGAUGCUCCGGCAAAUGGGAGUAUUGGGUGGAGAGAUCCGGGUUGGAUCCAUGAUGGGGUAAUGAAGGAUUUGAAGAAAGGUGUUAGGUAUUAUUAUCAGGUUGGAAGCGACUCUAAGGGUUGGAGCACAACUAGGAGCUUUGUCUCUCGGAAUGGAGACUCGGAUGAAACAAUAGCCUUCCUGUUUGGGGACAUGGGAACUUCAACACCAUAUGCUACCUUUAUCCGUACACAAGAUGAAAGCAUAUCAACCAUGAAGUGGAUCCUCCGAGACAUAGAAGCUAUUGGUGACAAGCAUGCUUUUGUUUCUCAUAUAGGAGAUAUCAGCUAUGCAAGAGGGUACUCAUGGUUGUGGGACCAUUUUUUUACCCAAGUGGAACCUGUUGCUUCCAAAGUGCCAUACCAUGUGUGCAUUGGUAAUCAUGAGUACGAUUGGCCCUUACAGCCCUGGAAACCAGAUUGGGCCAAUGCAGUUUACGGAACUGAUGGUGGUGGUGAAUGUGGGGUUCCUUACAGCCUUAAAUUUAACAUGCCAGGGAACUCUUCAGACUCAACUGGGACCCGUGCUCCUGCAACCCGAAACCUUUACUACUCUUUUGACACAGGGGCUGUACAUUUUGUGUACAUAUCAACUGAGACCAAUUUUGUUGCUGGGAGCAGCCAAUAUAACUUUAUAAAGCAAGAUCUGGAAUCAGUUGACCGGAGCAAGACUCCUUUUGUGGUAGUCCAAGGGCACAGACCAAUGUAUACUACUAGCAAUGAAAACAGGGAUGCCCCAAUGAGGAACAAAAUGCUUGAGCACUUGGAACCUUUGUUUACGAAAUACAAUGUUACCCUUGCACUGUGGGGUCAUGUGCAUAGAUACGAAAGGUUUUGUCCAGUGAAUAACUUCAUCUGCGGAAGCACUUGGAAGGGAUUUCCAGUCCAUGCUGUGAUUGGCAUGGCAGGACAAGACUGGCAGCCCAUCUGGGAGCCAAGAUCAGACCACCCAAAUGAUCCAAUUUUUCCACAGCCAGCCAGGUCUAUGUUCCGUGGGGGGGAGUUCGGGUACACCAAAUUGGUUGCCACAAAGGAGAAGCUAACACUUACUUAUGUAGGUAACCAUGAUGGAAAGAUGCACGAUAUGGUUGAGUUUUUGGCAUCUGGAGAAGUUCUCAGUGGUGAUGACAGCAUUAGUGUGGAUGCUGGAGCCAGGAUUGGGGUGGUUGAUUCUACGUUCUCAUGGUAUGUCAAGGGGGCAAGUGUUCUUGUCCUUGGGGCUUUUGUGGGCUAUAUUCUUGGCUACGCAUCCCAUUCCAGGAAGCAAAAUGGUAACAAGGCCAGCUGGACUCCUGUGAAAAGUGAGGAUAUAUGAAAGAUUACGAGGAAAUUAUGAUGCUGGGCUAUACUUGCAGGACAUGGUUCCUCGUAUUUUUGGAGCUUGUGUGCAAUGGGUCGUUAAAGUUUCUGGUGCGCUAAAAUGAAGCCCUCUCUAAUUGUUUUCUGAGAAGAUGAAGCCUCCUACUACUUUUGUCUAAUAAGGUUUGCAAAAAAAACUACCUCAUCGUACUUGUAUACUGUAAAUACUAAAUACUAAAUCUUUGUUCUGUAUUUUGUGAGAAUAAAAGCAUUAAAAAGGAUUGUAUGAUAGCAUACGCUUUUGUAGCAACAUGUUUUGAUGGAGCAAAAACUAAUCUGUUUGUAAA